AUGAUAAUGCCAGAGGAGACAGUUCGACGUGCCUUUGAAGGCCGUGAGCGCCCAGUUCUUUCCUAUGGCAUUACCUUUCCCGCAGCUAUAGCACGCCAUCUCGAUAGCACAUUUGAGGCUUCCCGUGUAUAUGUGAUCUGCUCAGGGUCAUUGUCGCGAAAUACCAAUGUGAUGGACCAACUAGAGACCGCUCUGGGGCCAGAUAGACUGGUUGGCCAUUGGAUCGGUAUGCGGAGUCACACUUUGUGGUCAGAGGUGCUGCAGAUCGCCGAAGAGGUUAGGACUGUGCAUGCUGAUCUGCUCUUGACUGUCGGAGCUGGCAGCUUGACGGAUGGUGCGAAGAUUAUUGCAUUAGUUGGUAUACCCUCUUCUUUCAUACUUCCAUUCAUUUUUUAUCUUUCAGUCCUUGCGAACCAAGUCAGCACACCAGAAGAGCUUGAAACCCUUGCAGAAGGCCCCAGAAAGCGAAUAGAGAUCAAAGCACCAACUCUCCCGAUCAUUUCGGUACCGACAUCCCUCUCCGCCGGCGAAUACUCCAACUUCGCAGGCGGCACGGAAGACCACUCAAAGCGCAAAUACAGUUUCCAGCCACCGAUUCGUGGACCAGAGCUGGUUAUUCUUGACCCGUGGCUGGCAAAAACCACUCCCGAUUCAAUCUGGCUCAGUACAGGUGUGCGCGCAAUGGACCAUUGUAUCGAAAGUCUGUGUGCCAUCUCAGGUACGACCACGACCUCAGACAAACUGGCUCUCAGUGCGCUGGGCUUGUUGGUCCCUGGUCUCUUGCGCUGUAAGAAGGACCGAUCAGAUUAUGAUGCGCACCUACAGUGCCAACUCGGAUCAGUGGAUGCUAUGGCGGCAUGUACUAGCGGGUCAAUUGAAUUGGGUGCUAGCCAUGGGAUUGGACAUCAGCUUGGUCCACUGGGCGUCGGCCACGGUGAGACUAGUUGUAUCUUGCUCCCCGCUGUGUGUAAGUUCAAUGCUAAGUACAACGCCAACUGCGAAAAACAAACUGGCGUGUGCGAAUUUUUGAUUCAAGAUCCGGUCGUGUCGGAGGUGCUACGUGCCCGCUCGGUCAACAUGGAAGCAUCCGACUUGGGCGAUAUUUUGGAUACUAUUAUUAGCGAAUUGGGAAUGCCUCGGUCCUUGAGCGAUGUCCAAGUAGGGCGGGGCCAGUUGGAUGGACUGGCGGAGAAUAGCCUACAUGACCGUUGGUGCAAGUCAAACCCAGUGCCAUUGAAGGAGAAGUCUCAAGUAUUGGAGAUUCUGGGGAUGGUAGUUUGA